AGUGGGGAGAAGAAGCAGGUGGGCAGCACGGCGGGGAUGCAGACCAGCGUGGCCACCAGCCCCUUGCUGAAGGAGGCGGUGGUGCCGGAGCGCCUGGCCCUGAUGAUACGGCACAUCCGUGAGCGGGACUUCGAGGGCUUUGGGCAGCUCGCCAUGCAGGACAGCAACCAGUUCCACGCCACCUGCCUCGACACCUUCCCCCCCAUCUUCUACCUCAACGACCUCUCGCGGCACAUCAUCGCCCUGGCACACCGCUUCAACGCCCACCACGGACGCACCAAGGUAGCCUACACCUUCGACGCCGGCCCCAACGCCGUCAUCUUCACGCUGGCCGACACCGUGGCCGAGUUCGUGGAGGUGGUGAGACGCAGCUUCCCCCCUGCCGCCAACGGGGACCAGUUCGUGCGCCUGUCGGCUCUGCCUCGCGCCUCGCAGAUACGGAGCCCCGCGUCCUUCGACGAGCCCGCAUUUAGGGCUGUGUGGGACUAG